AGCUCGUGCCUCACGGGUGGUAAUCUCAGUGUCUGGCACAGAAUGUCGUUGGUCUGAGCUGGAAUCCAGGGCCACUUUAGUGCAUUACUCUUGAAAAUGCUGUUAACUUUGGAAACAUCUGUUUGGAAAUGGUAUCUCUCUGAGCACAAAAGGGGAUGUCAGAAGACUUCUGGGAACCUUGAGCUUUCUGUCAAGGAAAGGAAAGCUGGCAUUUGAAGAGUGGUUGCAAAGAUUGAAACUUACAUUAAAACAUAAGGAAAUGACAAUGCCAAAUUCCCUGAAUGGCACCAAACAUCUGAACCUGGGCCAUUGUGGCACUGCAUGUAAAUCAGUGAAGAGGAAGGACAGGCAAGGCAGGCUGUGCCAGGGAGCCUGAGGUUUGACAGAACAGUUGCUUUCAACUCUCAGACUGCUUACCUUAAAGAGGAGGGUUUCUCCCCACCAGAGGAACCAGUUGUUUAACUGUCAGCCUGGUCUGAACUAGAGAUUUCUUGCAAAGCUUUUACCUUUGGGCCAAUAAUUUGUAGUUUGAAAGAUUCUCUUACCUUGAUCCUUUUAAAUUUGGAGGUGAACAUGUAAUUUGCUUUUUCUUUUUUUCUCCAAAAGCCCAGCAUUUCAGCUGGAGAGUGGUAGCUGUCCCUAAAGAAAUAACUAGAGCAGGGUUGAGCUGUUGAAGGAUUUUUAGGUUUCCCUGUUGUGGUUUGCUUUGGGUUUUUUUAAAAAUGUUUCUUGCCUGCUUCCUGGGACAGAGAAAACAGUUAUGGAGCUCUGGACGGCUGGCAGAAACCUCGCCAAGCCCAAGGCUGAUGGAGUCUGGCAGGAUCCCAGCACUACAGCCCAUAGAUGAGCUUCACCCACCUCAAUUCACUCCCCAACCACCAAAGGUGAUGAGAACAUGUUUGGAUUGCCCAGCGUCUCGAUGGAGGCACUUCAAGGCUGGAAAGCAGGAGGCAGCCACAGCCCUGACUGAAGAGCAGGAUUUGACCCAGUCUUCAGGAGCAGAGGCUUCCAGUAUCCUGCCAGUGUCAGGUGUGCUGCAGCCAGGAGAGAGCCAGCAGGUCUCCUUGCCCUUCUCUGGCCACCUCAACAGCAUCUCCAGUGCCACGGCGCUGUGCCACGUGGAGGGAGGCCCCAGCUCCGAGGUGCUGGUGCCCGGGGAGGCCUCACGUGCCAGCUGCUCCCCGAGCCCCCAGGAGAUCAGCUGUGGCUCUGGGGCACCUCUCAGGGAGAGAAGGGAGCUGAAGCGGCCGGCUCCAAAGCUUGAGGAGGAGACAAAAGCCUUGGAGGAGGAAGGGAGGCAGAAGGAGAAAGAGAAGCAGAAGAAAGAAAAGAAGGGUGUCUCUGUGGGGAAGGAACCUCCAAAAGCAGAGAAGGGGAAAACCAAACCCCCAGAGAAGAAGGAAAGCAAGGCCCCAGAGAAGAAGGAUACCAAAAUCCCAGAGCGGAUGGAAACCAAAGCCCCAGACAAGAUGGAAACCAAACUCCCAGAAAAGAAAAACAAACAUCCAGAAAAGAAGGAAACUAAAUUCCCAGAGAGGAAGGAAAGCAAGGCCCCAGAGAAGAAGGACACCAAAGCAUUAUUAGAGAAGAAGGAAACUAAAUUCCUAGAGAAGAAGGAAACCAAAGCUCCAGAGAAGAUUGAAAACAAACUCCCAGAAAAGAAAUACAAACCUCCAGAAAAGAGGGAAUCCAAAUUCCCAGAGAAGAAGGAAACCAAAGCUCCAGAGAAGAUUGAAAACAAACUACCAGAAAAGAAAUACAAACCUCCAGAAAAGAGGGAAAUCAAAAUCCCAGAGAGGAAGGAAAGCAAAGCACCAGAGAGGAAGGAAUUGAAAAUCCUAAAGAAGGAAAGCAAAUCUCCAGAGAAGAGAAGCAAACCUCCAGAAAAGAAGGAAACCAAAUGCCCAGAGAGGAAGGAAAUCAAAAUCCCAGAGAAGGAAAGCAAGGCACCAAAAAAGAAGGAACCCAAAGCCCCAAAGAAGGGGGAAGCCAAAGUGCCAGAGAAGAGAGAGACCAAAGCCCCAAAGAAGAAGGAACCCAAAGCCCCAAAGAAGGGGGAAGCCAAAGCCUGAAAGAAGGGAGGAACCAAAAUCCCAGAGAACCCAGCUGAGCUGGAGAAGAACUCUUUCUUUUAUUCACACAACUUAUUUUAUACAGUUUGACAAACCUAAUGUGCCACUUUAGUUAGUUAAUAGAUUUCUUAUUAUUAGUUAUGUCAGUUAUUCUGUUGGAUAAUAAAAUAUAUUUUACUUGUGCAUCAAA